AUGGCUCUUGGAUUCCACCAACUUGUGCUAAGAAUGCGAUUUGAUAACUCCAUCAUCCCAAACUUCAACUCCUUCAAGGAAUUCACUGGAUGCGACGAUGAUCAGGUGCUUUUAGCAUACAAGAACGAUUCUAUCAUCCUUACGCGUAAAUUUCAAUCCGUUUUUGCUCCUAAUCUUGCAAUCUUGAAAGAAUCCGGCGUGCCUGAAUCAACUAUUAUUGUUGAACUUGUCCUUCACCCAAGAAUCUUUUCAGUCAAGCCUGAUAAGUUCAGAGGAAUAGUUGAAGAAGUAAAGAAACUGGGAUUUGAUCCUUCAAAACGUAGUUUCCUUACAGCUGUUCAAGCAUUCUUACAGCUUAGCAAAUCGACAUGGGAAAGGAAGAUCGAUCUUCUUAAACAAUGGGGUUGGUCUAAUGAAGAAGUUGUUUCAGCUUUCGAGAAGUAUCCGAAAACCAUGAUGUUUUCAGAGCAGAAGAUCAGUGCGAUAAUGAGCCUUUUUGUCGACAAAAUGGGAUGGAAAUCGUCGUACAUUGCUAAGCGUCCGGUUCUUCUUGCGUAUAACUUGGAGAGGAGAAUUAUCCCCAGGUGUUUGGUUCUUCAAGCUUUGUUAUCCAAAGGUUUGAUCCAGAAAUUCAGUCUUAAUUUUCUGGUGGAGUCUACUGAAAAGAAAUUCCUUCAAAGGUUUGUCAUCCCUUAUAAAGAUCCUUAUUUACUGAAACCAUAUGAGCAAAAGUUAGGCCUUCCAGAAUAA